AUGGACAAGCCGAAACAAGCGUGCGACAACUGCCGCCGCCGCAAAAUAAAAUGUUCCCGCGAACUCCCCUGCGAUAAAUGCCAACGGCUCCUUCUGUCGUGUUCCUAUAGCGAUGUCCUCCGUCGCAAAGGACCGAAAUUCCGAACGCUUUACCCGCUGGCUCCCGUCAAUCCAGCCCGCGACGCCCCCGAAGGGUAUCCCGAAAAAGAUAUCCCAUACCGAUUCGAGUCUCCCAUUUCACCCAAUAUCGCCGAUUCACAAUUCGCCAGCCAAGACUUUUCCGAUCAUUUUUCACAUCUACCACCGGAACUCGUUUCGUCGCCAGGAUCGACAGAUUCAACAGUCGAAUCGGCAAAUGGAUAUGCACUUCCACAUGCGAGACGUCUCUCGCCACAGAUUCUGCUCGCGCAUGUUAAUGUCUAUCUGAAAUAUUUAUUCCCGAUCAUGCCAGUCGUGCGCGACGAGCAGCUGCGUCUGGAUAGCCACCAGCCGGCACGGCUGUCGCCAAAGCGGUAUGCGUUUCUGGCGUCUCUCUGUGCCGCGACGCAUAUCCAGUUAAAGUUGGAUGGCGCCGCGCCGGUUCCAGAUCCAGCUCGAUUGCAGAGCCUCGGGGAUGGUCAUUCGUUGAUGUCGGGUGAAGAACUCUUGGCUGAGGCCGUGCGGGCGCGGCGCGACUGCGAUGUUGUGGAGGGGUUGACUACGGAGUCGAUGUUGACUUCAUUCUUUUUGUUUGCCUCAUAUGGGAAUCUGGAUCGGCAGGAUCAUGCCUGGUAUUAUUUAUGUCAGGCUACCUCGAUGGCGUUUACGCUUGGUCUACAUCGUGAAUCGACCUUUGCGGAUUAUGGUGUGGAAGAAGCCGAGGAAAGGCGACGCAUAUUUUGGCUGUUGUUUGUCACGGAGAGGGGAUAUGCUCUUCAACAAGCCAAACCAGUCAUGCUGCGCAGCUCGAUUCAUAAGCCACAGGUGCUUGGCUCGGAAGAUCCUAUCUUGGCAUAUGGGUUCAUCAACUUGAUCAACAUUUUCGAAAAGCUCACACCAGAUCUAUACGACUGGUUAUCGGCCGGAGGUGGAGAUGGCAUUUUGGAGAGACCACCGACUUCCGCAAUCCAGUCGGGUCUAUGCAAAAAUAUCUCACUGGACGGAGUGCUUGAGAUCCAGCAAGUUGAUAUCUUGAUCACGCAGCAAUGGUUGCAAGCAAUGAUGUGGAAAUUGUCCAUGAGUCAUGCCACGCAACCUGGCUCCUGCGACGAUGCAGUGCUUCCAUUCCACCUCCCAGUGAUGGUGGGCAAAGCCGUGAUGGGUGUGAUCGGUGCUGCGUCGCAAGGGGCGGUGGAUGCCCAUGGGAUUGGAAUGGAACAGAAACUUUUCGACAUGGGUGCCUCUGUUGCAGAUGUUACACGAUCUCUAGGAUCAAAAGCCGUCCAACGACUAGCCGAGUCGACAAUCGACCCGAACGAGUUGCUGUGGGGAAUACUUCACACGCUUUCCCAGAUUCGUGGCUCGCCUUCAUACCUCUUGCCGACAUUACUGGAGCGAUGCAAAGCCGUGCUGGGGCUAGAUGGCACCAUCAACACGGGGAACUUCCUGCCUAUCCUCGGUGCUGCAGUGCCGGAUCAGUUGGCUUCGUGGUCAGGCCAACAUGUUUGGGAUUACUCUGCUGGCUCAGAGGAUAUCCGCGAGAUGCAUGAGGUCGAUCACGACCAAAGUGAGUCGGUGCCACGGGAACUUGGCUUCCAGAGCUGUCUGUUGGGGUGA